CCACUAGGCAGUUUUUCAAGGCUGAAGCUGAUUUAUCACUCGCCUCGCCCUCAACAUGUGUAUAUAUAUAUUGGCAUCGUGUCUUAGGAUUUAAGAUCUACAGAGCUGUUCUGGUAAUGUUUUUUUUUUUUUUUUUUUUUUUGCUUUGUCUGGUUUCAGAAGCAGGCUGAUUUCUUUUACAGCUGCAGGAUGUCUCUCAUCGGGGAUGUUUGCCUAAUUACGGGGGCCUGUGGUUUCUUGGGACAAAAAAUCAUACAACUUCUUAUUGAGGAGAAUGAACUAGCAGAAAUCCGACUGCUUGACUUGAAUAUUAAUCCAAAAUUGAUGGAGUCCUUAGAAGCAAUUCGAGGUCAGACAAAGAUCACCAAGCUUGAGGGGGACAUCAGAGACAUUGAAUUGCUGAAGAAAGCUUGCCAGGAUGUUUCCCUUGUUAUUCAUACAGCUUCACUCAUCGAUAUAUUGGGGCUGGUGGACAAAAAUGAAAUGACUGCUGUUAAUGUGACAGGUACCCAGUUGCUUCUGGAAACAUGCCUUCAGAAGAAUGUGAAGUACUUCAUCUACACAAGCACCCUUGAGGUGGCUGGUCCAAACAAACUGGGGGAUAGCAUCAUUAAUGGAAAUGAAGACACCCCCGACUCAUGCUGCUUAAGGUUUACAUACAGCGUCACAAAGCAGAAAGCUGAACAAAUAACACUGCAAACAAAUGGCAAACGUCUCCACAACGGUGAGCAGAUUGUCACUUGUUCCCUGAGACCCACAUAUAUUUAUGGAGAAGGGAGUAGAUUCAUUCGGCACCAUUUUGAUACAGCCAUUAGAAAUGGCAAUGUUCUCAAACGAACCUCCAAAAAGGAAGCUUUGGUAAACCCUGUGUAUGUGGGUAACGUGGCAUGGGCUCACAUUUUGUCAGCCAAGGCUAUGAAAGAUUUACACAAAGCAAAGCAGAUUGGUGGUCAUUAUUUUUAUAUUUCUGAUGACACGCCACAUAUGAGCUACUCUGAUUUCAACGAUGUGCUGUUAAAGCCACUUGGGAUCAUUGUUCCAGAGAAACUUGUUCUACCAAUGCCCCUGCUUUUUUUUCUUGCAUUUGUAAUGGAAAUGUUGCAGUUUUUGUUGAAACCCUUUGUCAAGUACACUCCAUCUAUGAACCGGCAGCUUCUAACCAUGCUCAACACACACUUCACCUUCACCUAUGCAAAGGCGCAAAAGGCAUUUGGAUACACACCAAGGUACAGAUGGACUGAAGCCAAAACGACAACCUCUGAGUGGCUGUCAUCUGUGCUGUCAGAGAGGUGUGAACUUGUUAAGAAAAUGAAAACUCACUAAUGUCUCAUCAUAAGAUUUUUACAUUCCACUGAUUCUGCUGCAUUGGUUCUACAAGAUGUAAAAAAAAAACAUCUAGUCAUUUACAGGUGUUAUGUUACCUAAUAUGCAAACAAAAGACAAAAUUUAAAGGGUUUCUUAACGUGUCACUUGUUCAAUUUAUACACUCCUUUCUUCUUAUAAUGAUGUUGCUUCUUUAUGGAUUCUUUUUUAAAGUUAGAACUGGCAAUGCUUACCCAUUGAACACAGGUUAUAGAAUAGAUUUAAAAAUAGCAUUCCUCCUUUGCCUCUCCUUGGCAUCUCUGUGUACUUCAACCUCUCUUGACCUGCAUAUACCUGCAGUCUUACUCCUACACCUCAGCUUGGUAUCCUUGCAUGUAUGAAUGUCUCCUGCAUAGGUGCACCCUCAGCAUUUCUCCCACCCCUUUCCUUUGCAUCCUCAUGUGUCUCAACCUCUCUCACUUGGCGCUUCUGCUCUUGAUGGUGUUCCUGCAAAGCCUGCUUUACAGACUCUGUCAUUUCAGGGUGCCUUGCUCGCCUCCUGUCUGCUUGUUUGACUACAACAAAUGAAAGACAGGGCCCCAUUACCUGUUGUGAAAACAUCCUUUAUAUUCUUGAAAACACUUUAUGCCUUUGAAGGCAACUCGGGUUGUGUCUCAUUAGUAUUUAGUGACCCAACAUUGCGGUUGUUGAAAUGCUCCAUUUUAACUCUUUUUUUUUGUAUUAAUAAAAAAAUGGUAACAAUCAAAAAAUUGAACUUCACACAUGUAAAGUAUCCUGUCAUCUUCCCUAACACUAACCCACCAAAGCCAAACUUCCCAAUCAGAUUGCUUGUUGGCACUGGGCACAGAGACACACACACACAGUAGCAUUUUAUAGAUUAUCUAGCUUUGACUAUUGAGAUUUGCAUUUUUAAAGAACAAGACUCUGCAAAUGUUCUUAAUUUAAAUUCAAGUGCUCCGGUAACAGUGACCAUUUUAUACAUCACCAUCUAUCUAUUGAAUAUAUACAUCCUGUGUGAAAUAAAAUAUCUCAAGGGACAGUGAAGACAUUGUGGUAACAUUUUACAACAGGUCUUGUUAGGGCUAGCUGCAGUACAUAUAUUUGGUCACUUACUGCUACUGUACACAACAUAAAGCACAAAUUAAGGUUUUGUUACAUACAGUAGCAUUAAUUAAAAAAAACCCCCAAUGAGCCAAUUGUUAGGACCACUGUACUAAUACUGGGCAGGGCCUCCUUUUGCUCAUUUCUUUGUGGCAUAGAUUCCAAAUUAGAUUCUGGUCCAUGCUUACAUGAUUGUAUGUCUGCACAUUUGUCAGCUGCACAGUAAUAUUGCAAAUCUCCUGUUCUGUUAUAUCCAAAUGGUGUUCUGUUGGAUUCAGAUGCUGUGACUGGGAAAUCAACUGAAGAACACUGAAGUCAUGGUUAUAUUCAUAAAACCAGUCUGAGAUUACUUUUGCUUAGAAUCAUGGUGCAUUAUCAUGCUGGAAGCAGUCAUUAGAAGAUGGGUAAAUUGUGGCAAUGAAAGUAUACACAUGAUCAACAACAAUAUCCAAAUAGGGUGUGACCUUCACGCGAGUAUUGAUUGGUAUUAACCAGUCAAAUCUGUGCCAAGAAAACAUUCAACACACCAUCACACCACCACCAGCAGCCUGGUUGGGUGCAUGGAUUUAUGCUGUUGGCAACACAUUCUUACCCAUCUGUGCAAUUCAGUAGAAACCAAGAGUCAUCAAAUUAGGAUACAUUUUUCAUUUUUCCAGUCUUCGGAUUAAUGUUUUGUGCACAUGCGUUGUGUUCUGAGAUGCUUUUCUGCUCACUGCAGCUGUAUAGAGUGGGUUAUAUGAGUUAUUGUCAGCUUGAACCAGUCUGGACAUUCUUCUUUGUACUCUUUCAUCAAUGUUGCAUUUCCAUCCACAGAAAUUAUGCACACUGGAUGUUUGUGUUUCUUGCACCAUUCUGAGUAAAUUCUAGAGAAUGUUGUGCAUGAAAAUCCCAGGUGAUCAACAGUUUCAGAAAAACCCUAAAUCGGACUGUCUGGCACCAAAAAUUAUUCCACAGUUGUAAUCUUGAAGAUCCAAUCUUUCCCCAUUCUGGUAUUUGAUGUGAACAUUAACCGAAGCUCUUGUCUUGUAUCUGCAUGAUUUUAUGCAUUUUGCUGCCACCACAUGAUUGGAUGAUUAUAGAUAACUGCAUGGGUUAUUAAGUCUGCGUGUGUUCCUAAUAAUUUUCUCAGUGAGUUUAGAUGCACUAUUGUUAGCCCAUACAUAUUAUGUUGUCUUUGGGUGCUUUAUGAAUUUAUAAAGACCCCAGAAAGCAUUAUUUGAGUCCUUUCUACAUAGCAGUAACUGAGUUACAGAUACACGCCAAGCAGAUUCUUUUCGACUACCAACACUACAACUACUUUCAAUCAACAUUUACCUGAUAAUAAUGACCCCCUAUAAUCUGUAUUUUAAUAUACCAAGGGCUGUACUUCAUAAGUAGUGCAUCAUGGAUAAGGAGCAUUGUUACCGAUAAUAAACUAAUAUUGUAACACUGAAGGCAUUUGAAAAUGUGUCAUAACAUCUUCUGUAGCUAUAGGUAGAGCAUGCAUGUGUGAAUGAACAGAGGGCAUUAAUCACAUUAAUAAUGUUUUUUUAAGGCUUUAUAGUGUUCAGUAACAUGGGCUGGAGUUAAGAGACAUGUACACAUAUUUGUGGGUUGUGGUGCUAUUAAUAAUAAUUUUGUAUUUGUUCAACUUUUUUACUAAAUGAUUUACAGCAUAUAAAACUAUUGGUGACAUAUUAUUUUAAGAAUUCACAGGGUGCUAUUAGAGAUAAUAAAGAAAUGUUUGAAUAUUAUGUAAUGCUGUAUAAGGCAUGGUAACAAAGGCUAUUUCUCUGGGAUCUGUAUUUCAUUAAGUGUUCAGGGGAGCUCUCUUAUAAAAUAAGGUACCACUGAAUGUAGCUAUGAGUGAUGUGUUCUGGUAAAGCUGGAUGGGGGUGGAAUCAAUAACAAUAACUUAAUUUUACAAUUUAAGUGAGGCACUGUAAAGUAUUGUAAGGCAGGCUGUGGUGUUGAGUGUUGUAUUCCUUUAAUCAAAAUGCUAAAAAGUACUAUUGUAAUAUCUUUUUAGAAAGGGUUUUGUAAUUGUACGGUAACUUGUUCUGUAGUUAUGGGUGGUGCGUUUGUAACCAAGGAUAUGGGUUGAAAAUGUGAUAUGUUGAUUUUAUUUUUUAAAAUUUAUUGCAAAAAUUGCUGUAGACACGAGUGACAGAUUCCUGUAAGCUUGGAUGGGAGAAGUAUCAGCAAUAAUAAUCUACUGUUUUAAUUGAAAGCGAAGGUUCCAUAAUUUAUGGCAAUACUGUCUCCAGCUAUGAAGGAUGCAUUUCUGUAACCAUGGAUAGUGGAUGCUAUUUGCAGUAUUAGCUUAAUGUUGUGAUUUUUAGUGAUGCCUUUGUAAGUUACAACAGUGCAGGCUGUGCUUUUCAAUGUUAAGUGUUGAUAGUUGUUACUAUUACCACUAAUUUCAGCUUUUAGUAAGGGCUUUAUAACACACAGUAGCACUGGCUGUAACAAUGAAUAAUGCAAUUCUCCCACUGUUAAUAUGGAGUUAAUAGUAAAAGUAGUUAAGUCUUUGUGACAUAUAGCACCAGAUGCUGUAGCUUUAAGUUUUAUAUUUUUAAAUAAGAGGAGCUAAUGUUUAUCUUAUAUUUUAUAAUGUAACUAACUUGGGAGCAAAACAAGUGGACGUUUGACCAAAAUUGCUAUUAAAUUGAGCAAAUCAAUGGUGUGUUAAAUUAAAAUAACUUCUGUUUCUCACUUCACCAAAAACUGCAAAUUAAAAAAAAUGAUGCCUCAUUAUUGCUUUGUUAUGCUUCAGGUGUUACCUUUAAUAAACAGACUUGCUCUAA